CUCGAGAGAGUCUCUCGGGAGACUGGAUUAGCCACACGUUGUGGUGAACCAGUAUAAAUCUUGGUGUGCCUUCUUCUCUCUUUUAUUUCCGCUUUAUAUUCCUUUAAAAUUUUAAUUCCUGCGAUUUUAUUGAUCAAACGCUAUUCACCCCCCCUCUAGCGUUGGUCCUUUAUUCUAACAGCAACUUGAAGGAUUUAUUAUGCCUGGUAAUGAGCAUAAAGUAUCUCGGGUGGAGAUUGAUUUGUUGCAACCCCGUCUCAAGCAGAUUUGGAUUGGCUUCUCUGAUGAGCCUGGCGAGGAGGAUGUGGGUAUGUUCCAGUCUGUGGAAUAUGAGCGCAUCCCAAAGUACUGCACGGCCUAUUUUAAACAGGGUCACGAUAAUUCUUCGUGCAAUACUUUGACUCCUAGUCAGCCUGAUCAAAGAGCAGUUGUUGUCCCCCAACCUUCCACGGCUGGACCUGCGACUUCCCAACCUCCUCGUCGGAGGCGAAGUAGGAGUAGGGUCAGGCGUCAAAGGGAGGGGAAAGGUAUUGCGAUUGAUGAUGCAGGUGCAGGUAAGGGGGAGGGACCCUCAUCCAGCAUGCAGGCCUUUGUGCCCACUUCUACUCAUCCCUCCCCAAAUGUUGUGAUUUCUGAUUCUAGUUUGAUUGCUACUACUGUUAACGCCACUACUCCCACACCUGUUGUGGUUGAACAGUUGGCGUCUCAGACUGUUGAGCCAUCCGUUCCUCCUACCGGAGUUGAGCAAGGCUCUGUUGUUGUUCCUCUUCCUCUCUCUACUUCUUCCUCUCCUCCUAUUGUACAUAUUCCUGAUCCUCAACCUCCAGAGCUGGUUCUUGCUAUGUCUAAUAGGUUUGAUGCUUUGGGGGAUAUGCCUGGGGACCGUCAUGAGGUCUGCGGUUUAAAUAAUGCUGCAUCUUCCAUUCCUUCCAAUUCGGUAAGGAGGGAGGAUGACGAGUGUAGCUCACAGACUAGUGACGAGUCCACUGGUUAUCAUUUUGAGGAUCCUACUGACAUUUCCCGGGAUCUUGCAGCGCGUGGCCUUUCCCCUGCAAGGGAGGCUCCGACUACUAAGGGAAAGACGGCCAAGAACGCCCGAAAAGCAACAGAGCAUAAGACGGGGAUUCCUGCUCCACGCAGAGUUACCCGUUCCACUUCUUCGCGUUCCCAAUGAUGAUGCGGUUCCUUGUUUGGAACGUGAGGAGCAUCACCUCACAGGAUGUCCUUUCUAAGCUUCGAAUUUUACUGAAACAGCACACUCCAGUGUUGUUAGGUAUCUUGGAGCCUAUGAAGGCACCCUUGCAAAUUGACUAUUAUAGGACGCUGUUGGGUUUCACGGGAGCUAGGUGUGG